AUCCCGCGCCGCACCAUGGGGGCCGCCAUCUUGGAGCAUACCAAAGAGAACGCCGGUCCGGGGGGUUACGAGCAAAGAAAGGGGUGGUUCCAGUCGGCCGACACUACCGCCCCUCCCCCGGUUCCCGCAGUUGGUGCGGCCCGGAACAGCAUGGCUGCCGCAUUUCGCAUCCCGAAGCAAGUCCUGCUGCAGGCACUGCGGUAUUUCGUGUAUUCAGGGGUGGGAGGCUCAUGCUUCACCUGCUGCCGCAGCCCUCUCGGAGCUAAAAGAUAUCUACUUACAGAUAAUAUUAUGAAAUUAAAAGAAUUUCAGCAUAAGAAGGUGGCUAUUGCAUGUAAUCUUCCUGGCAGCAAAGAAACCUAUUUGAGAAACUUGGAAGAGAAAUUGACCCAGAACAAGCUCAUCUUGAAGGAGGAGUUGAGAACUUUGCUUCAUUUGUGUGAGUCCCGGGGCGACGUGGAACUGGCUAAAAAUGUCAUUUACAGGUACCAUGCAGAGAACAGAAAUAUCACUUUGGGGGAAUAUAAGUUUGGACCACUUUUCAUGAGGUUGUGCUACGAGUUGGAUCUUGAGGAGUCUGCAGUGGAGCUCAUCAAAGACCAGCGUUUACGAGGUUUCUUCUCAGAUUCCACAUCAUUCAAUAUUUUAAUGGAUAUGUUAUUCAUCAAAGGCAAAUAUAAAAGUGCAUUGGAAGUAUUGAUUGAGAUGAAAAACCAAGAUGUGAAGUUCAGCAAAGAUACCUAUGUCCUUGCUUUUGCAAUUUGCUACAAACUGAAUAGCCCUGAGUCUUUUAAAAUCUGUAGUACAUUAAGAGAAGAAGCCCUAAUCAAAGGAGAAGUCCUCUCCAGGAGAGCAUCCUGUUUUGCUGUGGCAUUAGCUCUGAAUCAGAACCAGGUGGAAAAAGCUAUAUCUAUUUUUUCUCAAAUCAUGAAGCCAGAGAGCAUAAUCUGCACUAACUUAAAGAUUAUGAUUCAUAUCCAGUCAAAUAUGUUGAAAACCCUGAUAGAGAUACUAACGGAUGCUACAGAGGGAAAUUUAUCAAGAUUUGUGAAAAAACAUGAGUUCUCAGAAGAAGUGCUGACCAAAGUGAGGGAAAAAGUGAAGGACGUUCCUGCCCUUCUGGCCAGAUUUGAUGAGCUCUAUGGGAAGCUGCACAUAAAUGGCCAGGUCACCACUUACACUUUGGACGCUCUCCUCUGUCAUACCCCCAAGGACUGGAAGUCCCACAUGGUGCUAUCAAACAAGAGGACAGUCAGCCGUCGGACGUUCCAGCCACUCAGCCAGUCCCUGUGGGCUGAGUAACCUUAGGUUCAAACCCCUGUGGAUCUGAGUUGGAGGGGGCCUGCUUCUAGUCAGUUAUUGGCGCCCUAAGAUUUCAGGCACCAAACUCCAGUAGACACUACUAAUUAACACUUGGUCUGCUCCUUAAUUUCCAUGCUUGUUGAGUGCUGGCAUGCUAACUGAGAAGUGAGUAUGUUGUGCCACUUUGGAGAUCCAGAUACAAGUGAACAGAAAGCUCAGCUCCCUCAGAAAGGAGGCUUCCCCUGUGUAAACCGCAGAGGAUCCUGGAAGGAACAUGGUCUCAGUCUCCAGUCCAGCUUCCAGUACCAGACAAGAACCCAGUAAGCAACAGUGGGAAGGAAUUUCACAAAGUGGCCAAUUCCAGCUAACUUUCAGGGGAGUAGUUAACUUGCAGAUUAUACCCUUGCUGAAUUCAGAGUGUUCGAAUGCCUAUUCUACCAUUCUGGGAAAUAGCCCAGGAUUUUCUCACUGAUUCUGUCAUCAUUUAUCUGUGACCCUAAAUGAGAUAUUUGGGCCCUCAUUUUUUUCAUCUGUAAAAUAAUAGUGCCAGUAUGAAUCUGCGUAUUGAUUUGCAAUUUUCAUUUAAGGUUCAGUAGGGUCAAAUUUUCUUAAAAAAAUAAGAAAUAAAAAGCUUUCCAAAACUUU